AUGGCAUCUGUCCUGAUAGGAGACGAGCUCAAGGACUCGUUCAAACCAACGUUGAAAUGGGUCAAUGGAGGCAUUGAUUGGCUUUCGGAUGUCGAGGAAUUCUACCGGGAAAGAGCCACCAUUGAAAAGGAAUACGCUGCGAAGCUCAAAGAUCUUUGUAAGCGGCACUUUGAGAAGAAAUCGAAGAUAGCCACCGAACUUUCUGUGGGAAAAGAACCAAAAGUGACACCGGGAUCAUUGGAAAGUGCGUCGAUGGUUCUUUGGACCGAUGUGUUGACGCAAACGGAAGCCAUUGCCGACGAGAAAUUGACCUUGCACCGAGAGUUAAACGUCAAGAUUGGAGACAAUGUGGUGCUGUUGAAGGGGAAAUGUGCAAAACUCUCGCGUCACAUUGAAUCUAUUGACGAAUACUUGACCAACGAAAAGACAUCCACCGAGGAAGAGCUUCUGAAGGCUCGUAAAAAUUACUACUCUGUAUGCCAAAGCACAGAAAACGUACGACAGAAAACAGAAAAAUCGUCCAGUGACAAGUAUCAGCGUAAAUUACUGGAGAAAGAGGUCGAUAUGAACAUUGCCAAAAACCAGUAUCUUCUCAAAAUCAAUGUGGCUAACCGCCUCAAGGACAAAUACUAUUACCAGGAUCUCCCCGAGCUCUUGGACUACUUUCAAGAGGUCAACGAGGCCCGGGUGGCCAUUCUCAACAAGCUUAUCAAGAACGCAUCGAUUGUUGAACGCAACUCGCACGAUAGAAUCAAAGAGAAACUUCAUUUAAUAGAUAAGACUGUGGACCAGAACAACCCCACCCUCGACACCGCCAUGUUCGUGAAGCACAACAGUUUUGACUGGAAAGAACCCGAGGAUAACUACUUUAUUCCUAGUGAUAUAUGGCACGACGACGAGAGUCUAGUGACAAAAGAACCUGAAUUGACGGAGUUGAAAAGGAUCUUGAAUCAUAGCUCGUCUGAGUUUUCCAAGUACGAAUCUUUGGCGUUGGAUACCAAGCAAAAAUUAGAGGAAGCCACUAUCCAGCGCCAUAAAGAUCAGGAGAGUAUAACGUUGAAAUUUGAUGGCUCAUUCUCCACCAGUUUGAGCAUUCUUCAGCGAUUCAUGAAGGACGAUACCCAGCGAGUGAAGAGUGAAGUAGAGAUAGAAGUGAUUCAAAACUACGCUGGAGAUAAGGACUUAUCUCAUUAUGAGGAAACCAAGAAGAAGAAGUCUCGGUUUGGAUUUCUCAAAGGAGGAAAACAACAAGGAAAUGGAGGUUCCGAUGUCACCUCGAUCCACACGGUCAAGUCGGUAGGAAGUCACGACAAAUCAGGGUUCCUCAAUUUACGAAGAAACAAAACCAAGUCUUCAAUGUCGUCUUCAGGACCUACGGCUAAAGCGUUGUAUCCAUACGAGGCAGCUGGAGAUGACGAGACCGGUAUGGUGAGUGGAGAAGUGAUGGAAAUAUUGGAGUUUGACGACGGUUCAGGAUGGACGAGUGUUAAGCUGAGCGGUGGUCAGGGUCUAGUACCUACUUCAUACCUUGAAAUUUUGGAUGAUGGAGGGAAGAAGAAAGGUCCAUCGGUACCGCCAAAGAGAGGAGCUAAGCGAGUUCAAUAUGUCGAAGCUCUUUACGACUACCAAGCUGAUGGAGAUGAUGAAAUCAGUAUUCGAGCUGGAGAUCGUAUCGCAGUGAUCCAGGACGAUACAGACGGAAGUGGAUGGACUGAAGGAGAAAUCAAUGGAGAACGAGGAAUGUUUCCAACGAGCUAUGUAAAGAAAAUAUAG